UUUUUGUCUGCGGCGCAAAAGUGGACAGUUGAUUCCUAGGAAGAGCUUUCUCGCUGUGCUACUGUAGAACCAUGGCGCGUAUGAAAAAGAAAGGAACGUCCGGCGCGGCCAAAAAUUAUAUCACUCGCACGCGAGCUGUCAAGAAACUCCAGAUCUCAUUGCCAGACUUUCGAAGAUUAUGCAUCUUUAAGGGUAUUUACCCUCGUGAACCCAGGAACAAGAAGAAGGUCCAUAAAGGCUCGACUGCCGCCACCACAUACUAUUACACGAAAGACAUCCAAUAUCUCCUCCAUGAACCGCUUCUCAACAAAUUCCGCGAGCACAAGGCUGUUGCGAAGAAGGUUGCACGUGCCCUGGGCCGCGGCGAAGUUGGGGAUGCUGCUCGAUUGGAGAAGACGCACAUUCCCAAGAUCAAGCUCGACCAUAUCAUAAAGGAGCGAUACCCAACAUUCAUUGAUGCCCUUCGCGACCUUGACGAUGCGCUGUCAAUGCUCUUCCUGUUCGCAAAUCUGCCGUCCAGCCCUCACGUACCCGCCAAGACGAUUGCGCUAUGUCAACGCCUCUGCCUCGAGUUCGAACACUAUGUGAUCGCCUCACAUUCUCUGCGGAAGUCCUUCCUGUCGAUCAAGGGUAUAUAUUACCAAGCAACUAUCCAAGGACAGGACAUUCUCUGGCUCGUUCCCUACAGGUUCGUACAGAGGACGGGAGGUGACAUUGACUUUCGUAUCAUGGGGACAUUCGUCGAAUUCUACACUACGCUGCUGGGUUUCGUCAAUUUCCGGCUGUACACGUCCAUCGGCCUAGUGUAUCCUCCCAAGUUCAAUGCAAAGAGCGAUGAGAUGGGUGGAGAGUUGGGUGCCUUCCAGCUGGAGAGCAAAGGGCUGGGUACGAAUGGAGACGCGACAACAAACGGCGGGGAGCAGAGGACAAUCACGUCUGCCGAAGCGCAGGCCGAAGUCGAAAAGGUGGCAGCCCUUGCUGCUUCGGAGCCCCAGGAGGAGGAUGCACCAAAUGGCGCUACCGUCCCCGGUGACGAUGAGAAUACCGACAAGAUCGACACUUUUGAGGCCGUAGCUCAAGAUGCGGAUAUCCUUCCCCAACCUCAGGCUAGUAAUGACGAGAUUGCAUCCCUCUUCGCUCCGUUCACAUUCUUCCUAUCCCGAGAGACCCCUCGGCAGCCGCUUGAGUUCAUCCUGAAAGCCUUCGGAUGCAAGCGCGUGGGAUGGGACGGGAUUCUAGGCGAUGGCGCGUUCACCACGGAUGAAUCGGAUCCGUCUAUUACGCAUCAAAUCGUCGAUCGUCCGGCGCUCCCUGCUGAAUCGCUUCCGCAGGUGCCAUCUGCCCCAGAGGACAAGAACGACAACGCCGCUCCCAGGGUUCAAUGGCCACGUUCAACCAUGCCUGGUCGCACCUACGUACAACCUCAAUGGGUUUGGGACUGCAUCAACCAGGGAAAGCUCUUGCGGCCGGAUCUUUACGCGCCUGGCGCAGAGCUGCCUCCUCAUCUAAGUCCAUGGGUCAAGCCGAAGAAGGGUGAAUACGACCCCAAUCUUCCACUGGAAGCGCAGGAACGUGAAGGGGAGGCAGAAGCUUUCGAGGAAGAGGAAGAUUUCGAGGAAGAAGGCGAAGAGGAAGAGGAAGACGAGUCAGAUGUCGAAAUGCGUACGACUGAUACCACAAAUGGUACGAAAGCAAUUCUGGACCGUGGAGGGUCUGUAGAAGCAGGAGAGGGUAUGGACGUUGCAAGUGGCGAGUCGGAGUCGGAUGACGAGGACGAGGAGGACCAGGAAGAUGCGGAAGAAUGGGACGGAAUUGAGUCGGAGCCCGAGUCCGACGUCUCUGACGGAGAAGCAGCGCGCCGACAACACCAACGUGAACUGGAAGCUGAGGCGACUGGCAAGACGUUGGAACCACCUGUUGUCACGGCCAAGUCCAAGAAUGCAGAAAUCAGGAAGAAGGCCGAGAAGAAGAGACAACAGGAAGCAGAGGAGAAGGAACGGCAGAAGAUGAUGCUGCCAAGGCGUAAGAGGAAGCUUCUGAAGCGUAUCGAAUAUGGCGAAGAGAAGCGUGACAAGGAGGCCGAGGCCUUGCGCAGGAAGCGCCGCAGGAUUGAGAAAGCACAAGCUGCGGCGAAUGCGUUGUCGUAACAAUGGAAAAACGGGUAAUGGCGUUUCGGUGUCAUGGCUGGGUACGAUACCUUAUUGCGAUCAUGUAGGAAACUAUAGAGCAUGUGGACAUCGCAAGCAACAUGCGUGCAAUGAAUGGUUUGGCGGAGUUGUCUAGCCACGAGGGUGACUUGGGCCCCCAGGCUUGCCAUUUGGCAUGGUGGCGCAGAGUCGUCAGGUCCGAGGCAUGAAGUGUGAUGAGUCACUGCUUGCAUCGCGUAGAGCGUAGAGUCAGAAUGUCU